UCGAUAGAUUAGGUCCGAAUCCACACCUCAGUCUCCCUCACGGUUGCUUCGCCGCCCUGGCUUCCUGUCCACCACCGGCUGCUUUCACACCUCCUCCUCGACCGCCCUCGAUCCUCUCUCUCUUUCCACUUCCCUGUGUCGUACGUGUUCUCUUGUUCGAGCUUUGUAUUGUACACUUUGUGUACAGCCGGAUUAUUGCCGCCAUUUAUUUGCAUAAAAUGGUCGUGUGCAGCAAACCUAUCUGUAACUACCAAAUGGCACUUGAAUAUUCGUGAUCACACAAGUAUAAGUCCGGCCUCCGUCCAAUGGCAGAAGAAUCGAUCGAGCCCACACUGCACUAGCUUUCUCUCUUGCUCUUCCGAGCUCCAAGCGAAAAGAUGGAGUCGCUAGCACGGUUGCUUCUGCUGGUGGCCGCGGCCACGGGCGCCCUGGCCGCGACGCCGCCCCACCCCGCCAAGGGCCUGCGCGUGCGGCUGACGCACGUCGACGCGCACGGCAACUACUCGCGGCUGCAGCUGCUGCAGCGGGCGGCGCGGCGGAGCCACCACCGCAUGUCGAGGCUCGUCGCGCGGGCCACCGGCGUGCCGAUGUCGAGCAAGGCCGUCGCGCGGGGCGGCGACCUGCAGGUGCCGGUGCACGCGGGCAACGGCGAGUUCCUGCUGGACCUGGCCAUCGGCACGCCGGCGCUGGCGUACGCGGCCAUCGUGGACACAGGCAGCGACCUGGUGUGGACGCAGUGCAAGCCGUGCGUGGAGUGCUUCAACCAGAGCACGCCGGUGUUCGACCCCGCGUCUUCCUCCACCUACGCCCCCGUGCCGUGCUCCAGCGACCUGUGCGGCGACCUGCCCACCUCCAGCUGCACGUCGUCGGCGGCGUCGGCCGGGUGCGCGUACGCCUACACCUACGGCGACGCCUCGUCGACGCGCGGGGUGCUGGCCACCGAGACCUUCACGCUGGCCAAGUCCAAGCUCCCCGGCGUGGCGUUCGGCUGCGGCGACACCAACGAGGGCGACGGCUUCGCGCAGGGCGCGGGGCUCGUGGGGCUCGGGCGCGGCCCGCUGUCGCUCGUCUCCCAGCUCGGCCUCGACAAGUUCUCCUACUGCCUCACCUCCCUGGACGACGCCGGCGGCAAGAGCCCGCUGCUCCUGGGCUCCGCCGCCGGCAUCGCCGAGAGCGCGGUCACGGCGCCCGCGCAGAGCACCCCGCUGGUGAAGAACCCGAGCCAGCCGUCCUUCUACUACGUGACCCUGACGGGGCUCACCGUGGGGUCCGCCCGCAUCGCCCUCCCGAGCUCGGCGUUCGCGAUCCAGGACGACGGCACGGGCGGCGUCAUCGUCGACUCCGGCACCUCCAUCACGUACCUGGAGGCGCCGGGCUACCGCGCGCUGAGGAAGGCGUUCGUGGCGCAGAUGUCCCUGCCGGUCGCCGACGGGUCGGAGAUCGGGCUGGACCUGUGCUUCCAGGCGCCGGCCAAGGGCGUGGACCAGGUGCGGGUGCCCAAGCUGGUGCUCCACUUCGACGGCGGCGCGGACCUGGACCUCCCCGCCGAGAACUACAUGGUGCUCGACGCCGCGUCCGGCGCGCUGUGCCUGACGGUGAUGCCGUCGAGGGGCCUCUCCAUCAUCGGCAACUUCCAGCAGCAGAACUUCCAGUUCGUGUACGACGUCGCCGGCGACACGCUCUCGUUCGCGCCCGUGCAGUGCGCCAAGCUGUGAGCCGCCGGGUUCGUUCGCAGCCGUACGCGCGCGAGCGCGCGGCUGUACAUGUGUGGUUGUAUUGGAUGGGCGAUUGAUUGGUCUUCGCUGCUUGAGCUUGACGAUGGGGUGGUUACCGGUCAGUGAAUCGAUGCCGACCUGUAGAUAUCAUCAUGUUUGUGACACGCUGAUUUUUUUUUUGUCUGCUGGAACAAUGGGUUGGAUUGCUGAGGAAGUAGCAGGGAGAUUUAGGACGGAGACGGAGACCCAUUUGGUCCAUGAGCUGCCUGACCUCGAAUUGACUUGCGACGCCCCGGCGUUUUCAAA